UCUAAAGUCUGUAAGCAUGAUCAUGAAUAUUCAUUAAAAUAGGAGUCAGUUUAGAUUCCCUUUGAUUUUCCGAAACAAAACAAAAUGUAUGACAUCAGUAUAUAAAUCACUGAGAUCCUCAGAGGACUGUUUGGAGUUUCAUUAAGUCCAUGUAGAAAUUAGAUCCCAGUUUCUAAAACCUGUGAUGCUGUUGCUAAACGUUGGCAGAAGAAGUGAGAUCGCCCUGAAGGCCAACCAUGACCUAAUCAUGGGAAUUAAUGAUAUUCUGAAAGUCAUUACAUUCUGGCAGCUUCAUAGGUAAAGGCACUGAGGCUGAUUAAAUAUUAGUUUCUAUUUGUGUUCUUCAAGUUAAAGUAUUUCUGUGGAGAAACAAAAGAGCCCUCGUGGUACAGCUGUUAAGCACUUGGCUGCUAACCAAAAGCUCAGUAGUUUGAACCCACCAGCUGCUCCUCAGAAGAAGGAUGUGGCAGCCUGCUUCCUUAAAGAUUACAGCCUUGAAAACCCUAUGGGACAGUUCUACUCUGUCCUGUGGGAUUGCUAUGAGUCGGAAUCGACUCUACGGCAAUGAGUAUGGAGAAACAGCUGCACUUGUAGCUGACAGGGCAGUUAUUUUCAGUGUACACUAGGGAGUUAACUUGCUUCCUAGUCUAGCUGCCUAGUCUUGUGUGGGCUGACGUGUAUGUCAGUGCGGUGAUACCAUCAGCCACCCAGUGGCAGAUGGCUGCAAGUUGGUGUUUCAGAAAGAAAUUUUAAAACACAGGGCUAGGAUUCUGUGGCUGGCGCCUACUCUGAGUGCUAGCGAUGGUACUACUGGUUCUAAAAAAACUUCAUCAACACAAGUGAGGCUUUUUGUGCUAUCUUAGUUGUUCUGGGUUCACAGACCCCCACUCUUAGUUCUGUGUCAGAGAAAAGGAUUAAGGAGUCUUGAGCACGCGGGGCUGUUCUAAUGCUGGUAGACCAGGAUUUUAAGAGAUUGCUUUGCCAGGCGAAUAGCAGUUGAAAGAAUGUAAAAAUCACCACUGACUGCCCAAGCCUUGAUGUCCAACUGGACAGAAAGGUUGCUGAUGAAAAGAUGGUAAGCGGGGAUUGAGCUUUCUUCUCUGCCUGUCAGUACUACUGUUUCACCUUCUUAAUCCCUCUUUUUCUAAGCUGAUCAAGGGAGGAAAGGAAUUAUUGAGUCACCCUGCACAGAAGUGUGUGCUUUAAUUUUGCUAAAUCGUCUAAGAAAAGUUUUUUUAUCAUGAAGCGAUGCCAGCUUAGCAUCUCUUUUUUUAAAUUUAGGUUCUAACAGUACAGAUAAAAUUGGCUAACCUAACAAUUCCAAACAUAUGGCAUGCCUGGAGCUAGGAACCCCUGGUUUGUAGUAUCACUAAUAUACAAGCCCUGACAUGAGCACCUCGCAUGCCUUCUCUAGGGAGGAAUUCCAUAUGCCUUUCCUGGCCCAGCUGGGCAGAGGUUAGGGCCAAGCUUUCAUUUCUACCAGCAGUCUCCUUGGCUUUUGUUGUGGCUGUGAUAAGGAUCCCUUGUGGCGCAGUGGUUAAGCACUCAGCUGCUAACCGAAAGGUUGAUAGUUUGAACCCACUAGCUGUUCCAUGGCAGUCUGCUUCCAUAAAGAUUUACAGUCUUGGAAACCCUCUGGGGCAGUUCUGCUCUAUCCUGUAGGGUCGCUAUAAGUUGGAAUCGACUCGACAGCAAUGGGUUUUGUUGUUUUUGGGACAGUGGGAAUAUGGUCAUUGCAUCUAAAGUUCCAUUUGGGCCCCAGAAUGCAUUUUUCUAUAUGGUAGGUAAGAAUACGGAGGGCCAUCACUAGCCCAUACAGUCUCCUUAUGCAAUUAGAAAAACUCACUCCUCCAUUCAGGAAGAUAUAGCUCCAUGGCAAGAUGCAUGGCUUGAUGAGCCCCGCUUGCCGCCUUGGCCUGGCACCAUUGUGCAGAGCAUACUCACACAACCAAACAUGGGGACCCUGGUGACAUAUGUUUGCAUUUAGAUUUACCUGCAGUGUUACAGAGAUACAGCUGACUUUCCCUAACAACCCAUUCACAAGUUAAAUUUUAGAAUAUCACCUAUUUGUAGGCUGAGGAUUUCUAGUACAUCAUAUUUGCUGCUCCAGUAAAGAAUCAAAAGUCUAGCUCAGUUUGAUUGACUAAAUCUAUUUGAACACUAUAUGUUAACUUUCUCAUGAGAAGGAAAAUUUUCUAAUCCCUGAGAUUCUCAGAGUGAUUUAGUUUGACUUACUGAAAUUUGAUCAUUAGUCAUAAUGCUUAUAUGCAACCAUUUUUGAACUGAAUGUUUUCUAGGGGCUUGUGUUAUUGACCGUGAUGGACAUCUGUUUAAAUACCUUCUGGAUUAUCUUCAUGGAGAAGUUCAGAUUCCCACCGAUGAGCACACUCGCGUCGCCCUGCAGGAAGAGGCUGAUUACUUUGGCAUCCCCUAUCCAUACAGCCUGUCUGACCACUUGGCCAAUGAAAUGGAGACAUAUUCUUUAAGGCUUUAACAGACUUCUGCGAUUCGUAUGGCUUAGUUUGCAAUAAACCAACAGUUUGGGUUCUACACUAUCUUAACACAUCUGGUGCAAGCUGUGAGAGCAGAAUUAUUGGUGUGUAUGCCACAAAAACUGAUGGAACAGAUGCUAUUGAUAAACAGCUGGGAGGAAGAAUUCACAGUAAAAGCAUUUUUAAAAGAGAGGCGGGAAAUAAUGUUCAGUACAUCUGGAGCUAUUAUUCAGUAGCAGAAUUGAAGAAAAUGAUGGAUGCCUUUGAUGCCUGGGAAGGAAAAGGUGUUAGCUACUGGCGGGUGCCUCACGAGCUGAUAGAGUGUUGGACACUGGAAGAGCAGCCUUUACUUGGAAGUCUGCGACAUAUGGCCCCAGUUCGAAAAAGGCGACUGGUAACUUUCAAUGAAGAGGAACAAAAUGUGAACUGUAAGACUGGUCCUAAGCCAGUAAGAUUUUUGGGCCCUUCCACAAGCACCCAGAUCAAAGUCAAAAACUCAGCUUCAGUCAGGGUGUCUCCAGCCAGGGCUCCCCAAACCUCAACUCAAGCGACAGCAAACCCGCCUCAUAGCAGCUCUACGCUUUCGAAAGCCACGUCUACCAUGGGCACAAGGGUAUGCGGGCAGCCCCAGGCUUCCUGGGGAACCAGGAGUGCUGAAAAUGGAGCCCCACACCCACCUCCAGCAAAGGUUCUACUCUCUGACAAGAAGUCUACACCCAAUCGAGUGAUCAAACUGAAGCGGACUCCACUGUGUGCCACUGUGCCUGCUCAGCCCACCUCCACAGCAGCGAAUCAAACCCGCUCUCCGGAGCUGCCUGCUCCUGAAGCUUCCAGCACUGUGGGUGUGCGGACCGAAAACGGGAAUGAUGAAAGUAAUUGAUAAUUGAAACUUGUUGUUUGUCUCCCAGAGCUUCUAAUGCGUUUGAAAGAAAUAAGCGACUGUUUCUCGUUGCAGUCAAGGUGAACACUUAGGUUUAUAUUUAGGAUAAUUACGAGAAAAAUGACUGGUGUAAAGUAGGAAUGGAGGAAGGGGGAGUUUAAGUGGCUAGGACUACAUUUAUGUCCAUUUCCCCAACUUUUAAAUGAUCAUUCAUCUAGGGACAGUUUGAAUUUCAGGUUUAAAAAAAAUUUUUUUUAAUGGUUAGUUGUAUUAAGGCAGCAAACAGUGCAGCAAAAUAAUCACUAGAGAAGUUGUCCAUUUUGCUGCUGAAAUAAUGAUAGAUUAGGCACUUUUGUAAUGUUACUUAUUGUAGCCCAGGAAUAGAAGUGAAGUUUGGGCUUAGAUAUUUCUGUCUGGUGAAACGGAAAGAGGGUGAUAUUAGUGCUUCUCCGUACUAUAUCGCAGCCAAGAGAGAUUUGAGAGAGAAAAUGUAGAUCAAGGUGAACUCCCUACAAAGUUACUCUCAAUCUCAGAAGACAAUAUGGAAAGAAAUGAUGAGGAGGAAAAAAAUGACAGUAAUUCAGGAUCACUGUUUGACUCUCAAGUGAACUAUAGUACUUUCUUUUCUAGAUGGGCUUUUUUUUUUUUUUUUAAACUAUUUUCCGUUAGAUUUAUUUAUA